GGACAGAGAAGCGAAACUCUAGACCAAACGAGUUCUGUGAUCGACUACAUUUAGAGACUAGAGUUGAGACUUCACACAUAAGCUUUAGUAUAUCGAGUAACCUACCAAGUAAUUGGUUAAGAAGAGCAACUAGAAUCAAAAGCGAGGAUGGAGAAGCUUUUACCGUCAUAUCUCCAGCGAUCCGAUGUCGACGCAGCUUCGGACCCAAAUCUGAAUUCUUGGCUUUUUAAGAUUCCCCUCGAGAUCCUGUGGGAAAUCUCAUCAUUUCUCCCACAGAAAUCAGCCGUCUGUUUCACGCUCACCUGUAAGCUCGCCCUGCAUACCCUAGGUACAUCGUCAUGGAAAUAUAAAAGUAUCGUAGAGACUGAGAUGCGGUUACCGCCACGAUGGAGAUUGAUGAGGCUCCUAACUCACGACAUAAGGGAGCCGGGUUUCGCAGCUUGCAGGGCCUGUAUGAUACUACAUCGACAGUACCCAUUUCUGGCAAGGCCUAGUGAAUAUCGGAAAUUCAAGUUCAAGCUGUACUGCCCGUCUCAGCGCCCGGUUAUGGAAUUCCUGCCUCUGGACGACGCCGGAUUUGGUUACAAUUUUGCCUGGGAGCAUCUUCUGCAUGGAAUGAAAUCUUCGCCCGUUGAUUCGGACUCGCCGAUCGAGUAUCUCUCCGGCUCGUUCCGGGUCCCGCAUCCCUACCUCAAAUACACGGUUUCGUCUUCCGCGCGUCGCGUCAGAGGCCGCGAUAGAGACCGUACCCGGGGCAGUUUGGUUAUCCGGCAUGACCACUGUAUCAGCUUAUCUUCUCCUGAGCGGCCAUUGAGACCUGAUGAUAUCCUUCGCAUCCCGUUAAGGAUCUGCCCUCAUCAUAAUCCUCCGGCAAAUAAACUAAUUAUGAAAAACGCAGCUGAAUAUGCGACCCUGAACAGCCCUAUUUUCACUCACUCCAUCGUGUCCGCCUUCCCCGUGACCCAGAGGACGAAAGCCCACAAAUCCGGUGUGUUUCGGAAACCGUCAGCGGAGGAGUUGGAGCGGAUGACCUUCAUCGACAACAACAAUAACCUUCUUUUCCAGUGCCGGUCUUGUCAUACGAAGUGGAGAGCUCAGUACACAGGUGAUAAAGGUAACGGACAAGAUGAGCUUACGGUCUCUGCGUUUCAUCCAUUCGCGGUUGGCUCAAGCUUGAGCGUUAGAUAUUUUCGCUUGUGGGAGAGACACUUCGGCAAUUACGGAGAAUGAUGAGUUUUUUUAGUAGGAAGGGAAACUAUCCCGAUUUUGAGGUCGAGUGAUGUGUGUUCCAGGGCUCCAUCCCGAACUAUUUGUCAAGUCGUAUGUAUUUCACGGAUUUGGUUGUUGUAUAAUUAAUAGUCGGGUACGAUGAAACAGAUUUGGGCUGUGUCAUUACUUGGGGCAGGGAUUGAUUGUCUAGUUUAUCCGCUCUGAGAUGGGGAUACCUUGACCUUGACGGUGACACGAACCGCGAUGUGCCGGACACCAUUUGGAGAUGAAUGCGGGUCUUUCGCCUUAGCUCGUUUACCUUAGACGAAUAUAGGUGCCUAGCAGUAUUGACGGUCGUGCGAUGAAGCGUAAAACAACAAUUGGUACUAUUAGUACCUGCAGAAUUGAGAAUUGUCUUGGCUUACAAAGUGAUGAUAGUGUAGAUGGUGAUAGAGGUUAAG